UGCAGGCCACAAGCACGAUGGUGAAAUGGCUCGAGGAAGACCGAGAAAUGUCGUGCCGCCAUGCCGCUACUGCGACAAGCAAUUCCAGCGGCGCGAGCAUUUGGUGCGACAUGAACGCACGCAUACGAGCGAGAGACCAUUCGUCUGCCAGUGUGGGCAAUGUUUUACCAGACAGGACCUUCUGAAGCGUCAUGUCAGGUUAUCACACGCUCAACACUCCCACCCUUUACCAGGUCAUGCUUCGGAUGAGCACAGCCUGACUGAUUUCCAGCCUGACGAUGUAGCCAUCCAAGAAUCUGACCUCCUCUUCGAUCCAGAGCUCUUCACGCAAGAUAUGCUGCCGCCCACACUAUUCGACUUCGACACGAGUUUGUCGCUCACUUACGCUCAACCUCCGCAAACGAGCAGCUUUCCUCACUUCAGUUCUAGGCUCCCAUACUUGGAGGAUGCCCAGCCCGCCGAUACUGAUGACGACGAUACUGGCGGAGCCAUCAAGGAGCACGCCGACGUUGUGCCAUGGUCUUUCUCCGACUCCGCCUACGAAGGCUUUUGUCUUGAUAUCGCGUCCUAUUCGGAGGCGCUGCCACCGGGUUGGAAAUUGCCAUCCCGGAACGCCUUGAGUCGGAACCUGGAAUCAUACUUUCGCUGUUUCCAAGAACAUCUUCCAUUUAUCCACUCUGCAACAUUUUCAGUCGCAAAGACAGACAUCGAUUUACUGAUGGCCGCAGCUGCUUUUGGUGCUCUAUACCGGUUUGAGAAGGCCUGUGCUCACGAUUUAUACUCCAUGGCAAAAGCCAUAAUGUUGGAGAAGACACGCUGUCAAGACCUUCAAUUAGGUACUGAGCUGCUGUCAGACAACGAUCAUUCGCGCCUGGACGCAAGGAACCAUCUUGCAAAAAUACAAACACUGAAUCUUCUCAUCGACUAUGCGUCUUGGGCCAGCAAAGAGAUUCUAGCAGACGCGCUGUCCAUGACCGACCAGCUAGUCAGGCUCGUGAAGCUAAAUGGGAUGUCUGAAUUGGAACAGCAGCAACCUGUAGAGGAUCAGCUUACAGACGCCACCGCUGUGGAACGAUCUUGGUGUGGUUGGGUCGCUGCUGAAGAGCGAAGGAGAACCUUGCUAUCUGCCUACGUGCUUCUCAAUCUGCACAGUAUUGCUUUCGACAGAGCUCCGCAGUUGUUGAAUCGCGAGGUCUGUCUCUUCUUGCCAAGCUGCGUGGAGCUGUGGAAGGCCCCCAACUCAACACAAUGGCGUCGGAGCAGUUCCCAGCAUCAGCUUCAAUUCCAGGAAUCCCUGCGGUCACUUUUCGACGGCACCGUUUCUCCAGUAUCUUCGUUCGCGAACUAUGUGCUCAUUCAUGGUUUGCUUCAACAAAUAGGCGUUGACCACUGUGGAGCCAUGGGAAAGUCUCUGCAGCCAGACACUGUUGCAGCUUUUGAGACAGCAUUACGCGCAUGGCAAUCGUCUUGGGAACUCACUCAUGAAGCUACACUGGAUCCGCUAUCGGGCAAGGGGCCACUCGGACUAAACGCAGCUGCACUCCUCCGUCUGGCCUAUAUUCGUUUAAACUCGAAGCUGAGGCCAUGCCGGAUCCUGCUAUCAAGAGAUCCUUUGUAUCUCAGGAGCGAAAAACAACAUUUUGACAGAUCUAUUCAGUUGGAUCGAGCUGUUCUCCACGCUGCACAUGCUCUGAGUAUACCAGUGCGUCUGGGCAUUGAGUUGAUUACCCAUACCUGUAUCCCCUUUCGGAGCGUCGAACAUUCGCUCAGCAGCCUCGAGUGCGCAUUACUGCUCAACCAGUGGCUUCAAAUGGUUGCGAUGGUCGUUAGAUCUCAUGGGCUCGGUGAAUUGCGCAAGACCGAGCGAAAACUCCUGGACAUCGUCACAGGGAUCAUUAAAGAGACAUCCUUGGCAGACACGCUGGAUAUCUCCGAAGACAGCGCAUCACAAUACCACCGGAUGGGAACAACGACUUCAAAGCUAUGGGCUCAAAUCUUUCGGGGUGUGCAUGUUCUUGAGAUCGAUGAAGUCAUCGGCUCCGGCCUCCAACUUCUUGCAGACGCUACUUAGCCCAAGUUGAUACACACUUUGCCAAUGUGCUGGCCAGAUGCUACAUAUCUCAAAGCCUCGAUAAUAUCCUCACGAUUGAAUCCAAACGUCUUGUCCACCGGCACGGGCAGGUUACGGUUUCCCACGAAUUGCACAGCCUCUUCAAGCUGCUGCUUCGAUCCGCCCAAGAUGCCAUGAAGGGUGGCGCCCUUGGAAAUUGCCAGUAUCGUCACGUCAGGCACCCCGUCUUGGGGUAUACUCGUCAAGAACCCGACCAAGGAAAUGGUGCCUCCCAUAGUGACACACUCAAGACUCUGCUGGAUUGUGCCAAUACCGCCAUUUUCUAUGACAUGGUCGGCCCCUUGACAAUUGGUGAUGCGCAUCACCUCAGCAGCCCAAUUGGGAUGAGUCCUGUAAUUGAUAGUGUGGUCAACACCGUAUUUAGCCCUCACUUUCUCGAGCUUUUCGUCGCUUGACGACGUAAGAAUCGUGGUCGCACCAGCAGCUCUUGCGAAGAUGAGAGCGGUCAAGGCAACGCCUCCCGUGCCUGCGAUUGUAAGUUGCUGUCCUUUUCUCGGGUCUAUCGUUCAUACCUUGAAUGAGGACUGUCUGGCCUGGUUUCAAUGGCACGUAGCCAUAAAAACAAUUCCAAAUAGUUGUUCCCGUCCCCACCAAAGCAGCCCAUUCGCUGAAGGUGUGAGGUGAUUUGGGCAGCUUGAUCACCGUGUGGGCCGGGAGUACGAUAUAUUCUCUGAGUACGCCAUCUUUGCCUCCGCCGAGCGUGUUACGGUCCUCUUUCACUGGACCAUACAGCGCCGAGGAACUAAUGGGUGCGACAAUGUUGUCACCGAUAAAAAUAUCCUCGACUUGGCUGCUAACCCCGACGACCUCACCAGCCAUAUCGGAGCAAGGAAUGACCUGGUCCUUGACCAUGAGGGGGUACUUGUCAUGCGCAAUGGCGAUGUCGCGAUAGUUGAUGGAAACACUGCGAAUCUUCACGAGGACUUCGUAAUCGCCAAUGGUUGGAAUGGGCUCUUUGAACGCCUGCAGCCCAUCAAAGCCAUUUCUCGAAGUCAGCCGGAAGACUGUCUGCGUCUGGGGAGGCAUGUUCGACGGGAUGAAAGAUUUUGAUUAAUGCCAAUAUGCUAUGAAUCGGAAAAGAAGGAUUGAUCAAGUUUCAAAGCUGAGCCUUGCUGUAGAUCAGGAGGAGGAAAAGG